ACCCGCAGCUGAACGUCGAACUGUAUCCAGCGUGCUGGCCAUGGACACCCUGUGUAGACUGCUGCUGCUGGCUGCAGUGCUCCUGACACCCGCCGAGGCCCAGCAGGCCCCAGAGCGCCGCCUGAAGCCCUGGCUGGUGGGCCUGGCCGCAGUAGUGGGCUUUCUGUUUAUCGUUUUCGUCCUCAUGCUCGCAAAUCGUGUGUGGUGCUCCAAAAGCAGAGCAGAGGAUGAGGAGGCUACAUUCAGAAUGGAGCACACUGUGAAUGAGAACUCCAAGCCAAGUAAAGCAAACAAGAAGCAGAAGAAGAAGGCGGACAGGAAGGACGGACAGAGCAACGAGGGCUUGGAACUGGAGGAGAAGGAGUCCUCGGAUGACGAGAGAGACAAGAAAACAGCUUUGUGAAGGCUCCUGUCACCUGGGGGUGCUCCAUCAUCCACGCUCUUCAAGCUGCAGCCACGACCUAACGCCAGACUGCCUGGUCAUCUGGGUCUGAAAACUGUCCUCAAAUGAGGUCAGCUCUGCCUAUGGCCCCCAUGCUCAUCCUCCAUCCACUCCCGCCACACUCACUCGUACUGGUGUCCACUCCUGUCCAUCUGCUCCCCUACAUCCAAUCUGCUGCCUCCAGGCACACUCCUGGUGUCCCCUGACUGUCUCUGAGCCCCAGUGCUGCUCCUGGGAGGCUUUCCACCCUCUGUGCUAUUUGUGUCUUGAAGGACAGACACCCCGUGGACCAAGCUCUUUGCCCCACAGUCGCUUGGUUCUUUCCGAGGGUUACCUGUUCUUGGGUCCUCCAGCACAAGCUGCUUUCAGCAGAUAGUUCCAGCAAUGGCCACCAGGGGGCAGUGUCACCUCCCAGCACCUUCCUUUAAUAAAGACCCCCUAACGCUGUAGUCCCUUUGUGUGGGCUUGG